ACCCUCUGGAUACUGAUCUGAGGUCAGCUUUGUGUUUUCUCCCUCGUGGUUGUUUUGAGGGUUUGAGGACGUUAAGCUGAACCUAUAUCUGUGCCAAAGGGCAUCCUCUAACCGGAGUUUGUUUUAUGUCACAGGAGGGGAAAAAACUGUUUCCUGUUCUCAGCUUUGUCAGGACUGUACCAGCUGCUACACACACACACAGACACAGCACAGCAGGAACAUACAACAGAAGUCUCUCUCUGUUCCCUUUUCUCAGGUUGAGACCACAGGACUGUUGGCGGCCUCCACUUCAUCGAGGGUAGAAACUGAGAACGAGAAACAAGUAACUGUUUCUCCCUACAACUUCUCUGUCUCUGCUCCUGUUCAGCAUCUCAUCUAUGGAACAUCUACUGAGGACUCCUACAGGAUAUUGCCUCAACAAUUUAACCAACUAGCCAAGCCAACACUCACUCUUCUGAGAGGUUAAGCCACUGCGUUGGAGUGAGGAACAAGUUACUAGCCAGCUAUUUAUCUGAAGUGACUUUCAUUUAGACCGUUUAGUCACUGUGCUGUUAUUCAGGCAUGCAGUUAAGAGUGACUGAUCCUCAGGAGGACCUGUGAGAAACGGACGGGGGGAAGCUUUUGAUACAACUCUCUCUGCUCUGGAACUUCUGGAACACAGAACCUGUGAUUUGACACCUGUAACUUUGAUCCGGUGCUCUGGAACCUAGAAUUUAGAACGUGUUGUGUGAAACUGUUGGACAUCUGAUGUGGAAUGCUGGGAUGAUGACAUCGUAGACCUGUUAUUGGAGUAUUCUGGGAUGUCUUCCAUGCUGCAGCAGACGGAACUAAUCUUUGAGUUCGCCAGUGACCACGUGAACAAUGGACUACAGCUGGAUGAGCACUUGGCCUAUCCUGCAGUGAUAGUGGAGCAGAUCCCACACUCCCACCUGCUCUCCUACGCAGGCCUGGCCUGUGAGCAGACACACACAGAAGACCACCUGCUAACAACAGUGGAGGACAGUGAGAGUGGAGAUGAGGAAACCAUGGAAACACUGGUGGCAGCUGAGACUCUCCUCAACAUGGACUCCCCUGACUCCCUCUCUCUGGACCAACAGCACUACACCCAGCUGUAUGUCCCCUCCCUGGGUGAUGUCAUCACGUCGCCCAUUACCCACCAGUUGACGGUGUCAGCGGAGGGCCUUGUGGGAGCUCUGGGCCAUCCCCAGUGGGUCACGCUGCAGAGGGAGACUGUUGCCGAGCAACCAAAGAAGAAGAGAGGUAAGAAAUCCAAAAGGCCUGAAUCCCCCACACCGGACAUCACAUUCAAGAGGGGCAAAUACAGCAAAGGUAACACUAUGUUCUUGUGGCAGUUCCUGAUUGAGCUUCUCCAGGACAGACAGGCCUGCCCACGUUACAUCAAAUGGACCAAUCGGCAUGCAGGGAUCUUUAAGCUGGUCAACUCCAAGGCCGUGGCCAGACUCUGGGGCAAACACAAGAACAAACCAGACAUGAACUAUGAGACCAUGGGCCGAGCACUCAGGUACUACUACCAGCGUGGGAUUCUGAACAAGGUGGAGGGUCAGAGGCUGGUCUACCAGUUUGCCUCUCUGCCCAAAGACAUGAUCUUCAUCAGCGACGACGAAGACCAGGAGGACCAAGACAAUCAUGAGGAAGAAGAUGAUGAUGAUGAAGGAGACCCAGAGGACAGCCCGCCCUCCAGCGACCAAUCCCUGGACGAUUUAGGGUCCUACGAGCAUUCUUUCCUUCCCCCUCCCCAGGCUACCGGAGGGUACCAUAUGCCCAGACAGACCAGCACAGGUCCAGCAGCAGCCCAGCGGCACCGACCCGGCCCAAAACCCAAGACCCGAUCCCCAGCUCUAUCCCUAGCCCAUCGCAGGACAGUCCUCCGGCCACCGGGGGGCAGUCUGAUCCAGCAGCAGCAUCUGCCUAUAGUCUCAGCUGAGAUGCUGCGGACCUUGCAGAACGUGCAGUCUCUGCAGCCUGGUCAGCAUGGGUCGGUCUUCAGAACUGCUCAGCUGCUGGGGAGUCUGUGUGAGAGACAGGCUGCUAGUGCAGGACAGACCACCAGUCAGAUAGUGACUCUGCAGUUACAGCCCCUGUCCUUCCCUGUCAAGCAGGAGGAGCUAGAGGUUAAGCCGGAGGAGGACCCAGACUCAGGACUGAUUGUGGAGUAGGAUGCCCCGAGACAUCUGGUCAGUAUCGGCCUGUCAUUGCCUCGUCGUCAAGACGACUGCAGAAGACAAUGAUUGAAAAGGGAGACCUCAGAGAAAUAUGUUGGACAGUUAUGAUGAAAAUGUGAUAUAUUUUACAGAUGUUACAGACCUGGAUGGUCUUUGUCUCUCGCUCUUACAUUCCCUUAUGCACCAGAGCCAUCCUUAAAGAGAGUUAACCAAACUGUCUUCCAUGUUGGCACCAAACACUCCAUGUCGAUAACAUUCCUAAUUGGCAUUCUAACUAGAAUGUAAUUGUCUUAGAACUCUUGGUACCAACAUGGUGGACAUUCUUAUUGCCGACCAAAGACAUGCACUGGAAUCUACAGCCUUGCUGCAGAGCAUCCUCUGUCUCUGUUUGCAAUUCAACUCCACUGUUCUUGUUCUCUCUAUGCUCUUUGCUCUGCCAUGACCAGCGCUUUGCGCUGUUAACUUUUCAUGUACUAUUUCUUUAUCCCCACUCUCUCCCCUACCAAAGUGCCUCAAAUAUUCAAAUAAUUAUUUUCCAGCUUUCACCAAAGACAGUCUUAAUCUGUAGCACGCUAGCUACCACAUAUUGCUCCUUAACAUUCUUAUUUAUGUGUGUCACUUGUUGAUCUUCAACAUAAACACACUCUCACACUGUCACCCACACCAGUAGAAGACCCACCAUCAGUGCUUGAGGUAAACGUGUCCUAGUCGACAUGCUCAGGGAGAACAUUCCAUAGAGAUUAUUAUGAAUGUUAGACUCGCACACAUCGCACCGAAUGUGUCUCUAGCGUUUGUCGGCAGAUCAUUCAGCGUGCUGUGUUGUAGGAACCACCCGCUGUAGAUGUCUGACUGCCUACAUUUUCCACACGAUUCUACAUGUAAAAUCGGAAAUGAUGUUCAGAGGUGCUAAGUACUCUCGGCCAGCAACCACUACUGGUGUGUCUGCGACCUUAAAUUUUACAGGCUUUUGGUUACAUUCAUACUGAGUAGAGUAGAGAAUAAAAAAUACAAAUCAAAAGGGAUUUUCCAUUUCAUUUUUUACAGCAGUACUGUUGGCUUUACUGCUUCUUAAUCUCCAUGUUGACAUGGCGGAUGACUAUCAAUGAUGAGGACUGAAUGAUAAAACUUCUCUCACACUUUUAAGAGAGAGUGAACUUACGUCUGCCAGAGUUGGUAGUUGCCCAAUGACACUGAUCUAAGGUUUUCCUGGUCAUCAUUUGGGGACGGUAAGCUGAUCCUAGAUCUACCCCUAUGGGCAACUCCUACCUGGAGCCCUUCUGCCAGCAAUCCUGUUAGCAUUCCUGAUAUGCUGCAGUAGUUAUACAUGUGCUUUCUUAGACCAUAGAUGCCUUGAUAUAUAAAUAUACAUUACUGGUCAAAAGUUUUAGAACACCUACUCAUUCAAGGCUUUUUCUUUAUUUUUAAAAAUGUCUACAUUGUAGAUGAAAGACAUCAACUAUUAAAUAACACAUAUGGAAUCAUGUAGUAACCACAAAAGUGU